GAUCUGUCACUCAGUUGUUGCAUACUUCUCGGCGUGUUCGUUCGGCGCGCACCACAGAAAAUCGAGCUUGAACUCAACAGUUCAGCAAAUCUCUCAAUUCAAUUAUUAACCUAAACUAUUUUUAAUUGAAAGUGCAAUAUUAAUCAACAAUAAUUUGUAUUGUAUGCGAUUGAUUUAAACGCCAUCUAUCGGUACUCUCGAAAAACUCGGCCAUGCAUAAUCAAAAACUGUUUGUGUUAUUCUUGUUGUUAACAGCGGCAGCCGCUGUUAGUAGUGAUGUUGAUGUGGAAGCAGCAUAUUCAGAUGGUAACACAAUCAGCACAUCGACGCCUGGCAUACAUCAGUUGCCAAGAAAUUUGGUUAAACGUGCACCGACCUCCAGCUUUAUUGGUAUGAGAGGUAAAAAAGAACAAGAGGCGGCAACUGAUGUGAAUUGGUUGGGCCCGGAUCCGAUAGACUAUGGUGAGGACGGUGAAAGCAACUUUUACAAUGAGAAUGGGCAGAGAUUGAAAAAAGCACCAAUGGCAUUCGUUGGGGUCCGCGGGAAGAAGUUCUCGACUGGCAACAGUCAUCUGCGAGACUUAAUUCAAAACAUGGAGGAGGAACGCAUUCGCGAAUCAUUCCUGCAAGACUUUCUUGAACGUUUGGCGAUCGAUGGCGGGGAUGUGGGGAAACGAGCACCGACGGGCUUUACCGGCAUGAGAGGCAAACGACCUACAAUGGCUAAUGGUGAAGUUUCUGAUGAUGAGGUCGACGCAUUAGAGUUGCUUGAAAAACGCGCUCCAGUCAACUCAUUUGUUGGUGUACGCGGAAAAAAGGAUGUCUCGCAUCAACAUUACAAGCGAGCUGCACUAUCAGAGUUGUGGCGCAAACUCUUUAAAAAGGCUUACGAUGUCCGAGGAAAAAAACAACGGUACGCGGAUCUUAACAACAAAUUUGUGGCUGUGCGCGGAAAGAAGAGUGAUCUGAUGAUUGACGACGACUUGGAGCAUGUGGUGCACCCUUGGGUCUAUCUGAUCGGAGAGAAGCGCGCGCCCAACGGCUUUCUUGGCAUGAGGGGCAAACGUCCAGUCAUUGAGGAGUAA